AUGACGGGCUUACAGAGGUCCGCCGUGUCGUUCCGGCGUCAGGGCUCCUCCGGCUUGGUCUGGGACGACAGAUUCUACAGCGGCGAAUUGAAACCCACAAAGCGUCACUAUGAAGAACACCUUCAACCCGACGUCGUUUCUCUUUCCAAAGAGUUGAGGACUUGUCGCAGCGUCGGAUCCACCGCCACCUCUGAAGGAACCCGAUCUUCCACCGUCCACCGUAUGGAGGUUAUAUCGCCGUCGCCAACGCCAAGUAUGGGGGACCCAUCUUCACCGAAGUUCACCGGCUGCGGAUUCUGCGGCGUGUUUGGCCGCCCCAUCGGCGGGUCUCGCCAUCAGAAAUCCAACAAACAUUGA